AUGUAUAAAGUAAUAUAUAUUUAUUUAAUAUUUUUUAUAUAUUUUAUAUGUAAUGCAAAUGGUAUAGUUUUAAAGGGUCAUGUAAAACAAUUUUCACCAAUUUAUAACUAUGUUGGUAAAUUUUGUUUUGAAAAAGAAGGAACAAUUAAUGUAAAUGUAAAUUGGGAAGAAAACCAAAGUACUAGUUUAUAUCUAUUCUCUGAUAAUAUUAAAAAUGUUGUUCACGAUUUAAAAAGAUCUUCCUGUAGCAAUGAAGUUGUUAACCCAGAUUUUAUCUUCAAUUCUACGAGUGACUAUAGUAAAAGCUAUACAGUUGUUGGUCAAAGAGAUAGAUUUUGGUAUAUGUUCUUUGUAGACUGCACACCCAAUAUUGCUGUUCAUCUAGACUAUGAAAUUACUCUUAAAAACAAUGGAGAUAGCUUCAAUAGUAUAAUUUCAGCAGACCAACAAUCUAUUCCACAAACUCACUUUUUCUUUUUUGCUUUCUUUUGUUUACUAAUGAUUGUAACAGUUAUAUGGGUCCACUUUUACUAUAAAAAGCAUUACCAUUUUAAUGUUUUGUCCUAUACUAUGGCCCUUCUAUCAUUAACUGAAAUAUCAAUUCUUAUAUAUGGCAUUAAUUGGAUAUUUGUAUCAAGAAAUCAAAAUUCGAAUAAAUAUUUAAUAGAGGUUGGUAAUUGGAUUGGUAUAAUUGUAACCAAUGCAUUUUAUUUAUUUUUAAUUUUAAUUGGUAGUGGAUGGUCGACUAGUGUUUAUUUUCUAUCAACCAUUAACCUAAAGUGGCACUUUAUUUUAAUAUUUAUAAGUACUUGUAUCAGCUUGGCAAUGAGCAAUAUCAGCAACAUUUACAUAUCAGAUCUUGACAACUACAUCUAUUUCCUUGAUACACUUCCAGGUUAUAUUGUCUUGCUACUUUAUUUUACCAUUACCACUUAUUUUGUAACUAGUAACGUUGUUCACUAUAGAUUCCUAACCAAACCAGAAGAUGAAAUUAAAAGAAAGUUCAUAAGAUUGUUUACCCCACUUUUUGCCCUAUAUAUGUUAUCGCCAAUAUUUGUUGUAAUCUGCUCACAUUUUGUAGAUCCAUGGAAUAGAUAUAAAACAAUUGUGAUUCUAAACCUCUGUAUAAAUGCUUUCUACUUUAUGAUAAUACUUUUAAUGUUCCGUCCAUUCAAGAACCCACUAUUGGAAAUAUUAGAUAUAAUUAUUGAAUUAAAAGAAACAGAUAAAGAUAUCGAAAAUAAAAACAACAACAAUAGCACAACCACAAUAAGUAUAAAUAAUAAUAACGAUACAACUCCACCGGUUAAUAAUAAUAUAGAUGAUGAAAAUAAUAUUAAUUUUUCAUCAACACCUUUUGAAAAGGGUGAAAACAAAGGUAAAAAACAUAAAUAUUCAAAAGAAUUAAAUUAA